GUUGUCUUCAGGGUCACUAGUGGCCAAACGUACGACUAAUAUGUAGUCAAGGUUACUUGAGGAAAAAUGAGUACAUUUGACAAAAUAUAUCGUAGUGUAGUGCCAAUAAAGUUUUUCAGUGAAGGAUGGGGUGCUCCUGAUACCUUGAUAAGGUUGAUAGAAAAUAUGAAAGUUGUGACUAAUCGAAAUAAAUAUUGUUCAGUGAAGAUCAGCGCAGACGUUCAUAUUGAAAAAAAAACUGAGAACAACCGCACUAUACAGAUCGAAGGGUCAUUCAUGUCUCCAUUCGAUUCAGUUAUAUCUAAUGCAUUAAAAGGUGAUAACAGGAUCGCAAGGUUUCAAAUGAUCAUUCCUAAGAAGUGGCCCACAAAUUAUCGCGCAGUUUGUGUACACUUUUCUGGAACCGGUGAUCAUAACUAUUAUAGGAGGAGAAUUUUUCUCGCCAAUAAUUUAAUAAAAGACGGAAUAGCGUCCAUCAUCUUGAUGAAUCCGUUUUACUCUAAGCGCAAACCCGACGAUCAACAAGGUUCUAGUCUGAAUUUUGUUUCUGAUCUGUUCGUCAUGGGCGGAGCUUUAAUUAUGGAAUGCAGCGCAUUGUUAGAAUGGUGUGAGCGUAAUGGCUACGGACCGUUUGCACUUCACGGAAUUUCAAUGGGUGGUUAUAUGUCAUCCUUGUGUGCAACCGUUUGGCCGAAACCUAUUUCCCUAAUUCCUUGCUUGUCUUGGACUUCAGCAUCAUGCGUGUUUUUAGAGGGCAUUUUAUCGAAUACAGUAGAUUGGCCUGUGUUAACAAAACAAUAUUAUUCUGAUUCUGUAUAUUCUGAUGUAAUCCGACCUCGAAUUCAACCACCUAUUCCAGAAUUCUAUAAAACAACUGAUGAAACUUUUAAUGAUAAUUUGGGUGACAAUCUUCAAUAUUCAACCAUUUCAAUAAACUCUUUACAUUCGAAGCACUCAAAUCCUGUAAAUGUUGCUCCUUUGGCUACAUUCUCAAAACAAUUGGAUUCACGUUUACAUCCUAUUAAAAGAAAUCCUUUAAAAUCAUCAUACUCAAGUUUUCAAGUUCGUGAUCUAUUGUCUCAGUUUAUUAAUAUAUCUAAUUCAACCUCCCAGUUAUCGUCAUCCCAUUCUAAUACACACAAAUUUACUAUUGCUCAGAAGUUUCUUCCCAGCUUUAUAUACACCGGUCUUCCGAAUUCUUUGUCUACAUUUAAUUUCAAUACAGUUUUUCGUUAUCAGUGGAAUAGUUAUCGAUGGCAUAAAGAAAUUUCAUUACUUCCACGUGUUUCUUUACCAAGUGUUAGUUUUCCGCGUACAGAUUUAUCACCAGAUCCGGAAGUUCGACAGUUUCUACGUGAUCUUCUAGACUAUUUUACUCAUUUAGGAAAUUUUUCUCCAGUAAUAGAUUCUCGACUUGUUCUAUCUGUUGCAGCUGAAUAUGAUGCAUAUGUUCCAAGAGGUAGUGUUUGUUCACUGAAAAAAGUAUAUCCUAAUGGUGAAAUUCGUUAUUUGCCACAAUCUGGUCAUGUUGGUGCUUAUGUGAAAAAUUCUCUUUGGACAAAUGAUUUCAGAAAAGCAAUAAGUGAUUGUUUAAAUCAACAAGUACAUUUAUAUCAUCAUGAACCUGGACCAUUUGGUCGAAUGAACACAUCUCGUAAGAAUAUUCAACUUAUUAAACGUUAGUUUCUAUAUAAAUUUACUAUGCUGUAUAGAUAAAACAUUAUAGGUUUCUUUGUGUUAUUAUCAUCAUUAUUUCUUGAUUAGUCACUUUCCGCUCUCUGUCUUCUGUAAACUGAUUUAUCAGUAACUUGUUUGUUCUUCCAAAAUGCUUUUACUAUUUAUAGCACAUAGUUUAUAAAUAUUAUUUCACCUUGGGUUUACUAUUCUUACCAAAAUAAAUUUGUCUAUUUCCCUA